UCUUAGCUGUAGACUGAGCACUGUGCUUUAUAUACCGACUAUAUUUGGGAACCCUGAGCGCUGUUUCCUCUGCUCGCACAAUUGGUUCAGGGACAAUAUUUAUAAGGUAGGAGGUGCUCCUUCCCUACAGACUUUGUUCAUGACUCUGGACGUUCAUUCUACCGAACUCGCAGAGACUUUUGAGCCAUCCAGCAGCAAGUGAGCAUUCGAACAAAAUCCACACUUUGACACUUAGAAAUGGCCUUAUCCGGGACCAUUUUACCAUCGAUUUCAACAUUCGCAAACCAGAAGGAAAAACUUUGGGAGGAUCGGUGGAAACGUGAUGCAGAUAAACCACUGAGCGUCAGCUGCGCAACCCUCAACCUGACGCAAAACAUGGACACAUAUCGUGCCCGCAAGGACGACGAGGAUCUGAGUAACUUUUUGGAUCUGGAAUUUAUCCUGGCCAACACGACAGGACCUCUCGAGGCAGGUGCAGAGUACAUCGCGUCUGCGGAACCGUGCGCCAUGUACACCGCCAGCAACGGCGCGUACCACUCUCCGGAGCAGUGCGCACCACCUCCACCUUACACCAACAGCCUGAUGGCCGAGCUUUUGAGAUCCGAGGUGGACAGCUCUUAUGACAUGAGUAACAGCAACUCGAUUCAGGGAAGAUUUAUCAUAAACUCGGCGGGUUUUCCCAGACAGGACUUUGUUGAUAUUAAAGUCGAGCCCCCAAUGGACGGUUAUGGGCCGGUUAUGGGCAUGGUGCCCCAAAGCUGCCAAAAAAUCAAACAAGAGGGCAACAUCUCGUGCAUGAUGUCUUUCGAGCAGCCCAGACUCGCCGUGUCCCCGCAGGCGACGGGGAAUAUGACUCCUCCGUUGAGUCCGGACGACCAGGGCAGCUCAGGGGGUUCAACUCAGAUGCGCCACACCGCAUUCCCGCAGGGCUACCAUCACUCAUCGCCCGCUUACGCUCAGAUGCAGCUCCCUUACACGGCGCCGCACCAGUACGGCGUGUUCGACAACGGCAUGGGGAUGCAACCGAGCAUGCAAAGGGCUCUUCUAACACCCCCGUCCUCCCCGUUGGACCCAAUGGAGUCUAAACCCAAGCGUGGAAGACGCACCUGGCCGAGGAAGCGCACGGCGACUCACACUUGCACUUACGUUGGAUGCGGCAAGACUUACACCAAGAGCUCUCACCUGAAAGCGCACCACAGAACCCACACCGGGGAGAAGCCUUACCAUUGCAACUGGGAAGGCUGCGGAUGGAAAUUCGCUCGCUCGGACGAGCUGACACGUCACUUCCGCAAGCACACCGGCCACCGACCUUUCCAGUGCCAUAUGUGCGAACGCGCCUUCUCCAGGUCCGACCACCUGGCGCUGCACAUGAAGAGACACCUGUGAGGACUUUGAAUCAAAAUACACAUAUCUGCCUUAUUUAAUGACCAGAAGACAAUCGUCCUUUGUCGAUAAAGAAAUCUAUAUUAUUCUUUUGUAACAAAGUAGCUGGUACUACACAGAGCUCUUUUUAAGAAGCCAAUCAAGAGUGUGUUUUUUGGGGGGAAGGGCUUAUGGGCUGGUCCUAAAUAUUGUGUCCGAUUUGAAAUCAGUGUGCCUUUAAAAAUCCACAUACUGCCUAAAGACUAGCAAACCUCUUGAUGUGGAGGAACGCAUGAUGACAAUGUUUUGCUCUUGAAACUGCCUUCCUGUCACCCCAACACAACUGUGUAUUUGUUAUUCGUUUUGAUACGCUCUUGUUGGAAUUUGUAUUGAAAGCAGCAUUUCCUUUCAAACUUAUUGUAAUGCGGACACAUGGUCAGUGCCCAUUGUACAUUAGCACAGUUUACUCGGGCUAGAGGUCCUGGGUUUUUAUAAGAUGAUGUACAUACAUUUUAUAUUGUAAGUACUGUAUUUAUUGUAAAUAUUAAACUAAAUUUGAAUAUAA